UCUUCCUUUCCACGCGGUAGACGAAAGUGGUCGGCCUAUUCUGCUUGUCCUGAGUGAUGCCGGGGAAACUUCUUAGUGAAGCGGAUUUGGAGUCGGACACGGCCAUGGCGAAAGUGGAGAUGCCGCGAAAGCGAAAUGAGAAGAAAGGUAAAAAAGAGAAGCCAAAAUCUAAUAAGACUGAAGAGGCAGCAGAAGAAAAGGACGAAACGAUUUCUCCCAAAGCUAAAAAGGUUAAAAAGAAAGCAGGGCCUUUUGAGGCUGACAUGAGUUCUCCUAAAUCCAAAAAGGCAAAAAAGAAAGAGGAGCCAUCUCAAGAUGACAUUAUUUCUCCUAAGACCAAAAGUGCGAAAAAAUCAAAGGAGCCCUGUGAAAAGACAGUUGUUUCUCCUAAAACCAAAAAACUAAUAAAAAAUGAGGAGCCUUCUGAGAAUGACUUGGGUGCGCCUAAGUCCAAGAAGAUGAAGAAAGAAAAAGAUAUGAAUGGAGAAAUUGGAGAGAAAAGCCCCAACCUGAAGAAUGGAUUCCCUCAUUCUGGACCUGACUCCGACUCAAAGGAAGCUGCCAGUGAAGAAAGUAACAGUGAGUUAGAGCAGGAAAUAACUGUGGAGCAAAAAGAAGGAGCUUUCUCUAAUUUUCCCAUAUCUGAAGAAACUAUUAAACUUCUCAAAGCCCGUGGGGUGACCUUCCUGUUUCCUAUACAAGCAAAGACGUUUCACCACGUCUAUAGUGGGAAGGACUUGAUUGCACAGGCACGGACAGGAACUGGGAAGACGUUCUCAUUUGCUAUCCCUUUGAUUGAGAAACUUCAGGGAGAACUGCAAGACCGGAAGAGAGGCCGUGCCCCUCAGGUACUGGUUCUUACACCCACAAGGGAGUUGGCAGGUCAAGUAAGCAGAGAUUUCAGUGACAUCACAAAAAAACUGGCAGUGGCUUGUUUUUAUGGUGGAACUCCCUACGGAGGACAAAUUGAACGCAUGCGGAAUGGGAUUGAUAUCCUGGUUGGGACACCAGGUCGUAUCAAAGACCACCUGCAGAAUGGCAAGCUAGAGCUCACCAAACUUAAGCAUGUUGUGCUGGAUGAAGUUGACCAGAUGUUGGACAUGGGCUUUGCUGAUCAAGUGGAAGAGAUUUUAUGUGUGGCGUACAAGAAAGAUUCAGAAGACAAUCCCCAAACAUUGCUUUUUUCUGCAACUUGCCCUCAUUGGGUUUAUAAUGUUGCUAAGAAAUACAUGAAAUCUACAUAUGAACAAGUGGACCUGAUUGGUAAAAAGACCCAGAAAACGGCAAUAACUGUAGAGCAUCUGGCUAUCAAGUGCCACUGGACUCAAAGGGCAGCAGUUAUUGGGGACGUGAUCCGAGUGUACAGUGGUUAUCAAGGGCGCACUAUCAUCUUCUGUGAAACCAAGAAAGAAGCCCAGGAGUUGUCACAGAAUGUGUCCAUAAGGCAGGAUGCCCAGUCAUUACAUGGAGACAUUCCACAGAAGCAAAGGGAAAUCACCCUGAAGGGUUUUAGAAAUGGUGAUUUUGGAGUUUUGGUUGCAACCAAUGUCGCUGCACGUGGGUUAGACAUCCCCGAGGUUGAUCUGGUUGUACAGAGUUCUCCACCAAAGGACGUGGAGUCCUACAUUCAUCGUUCUGGACGAACAGGUAGAGCUGGAAGGACUGGGAUUUGCAUCUGCUUUUAUCAGCACAAGGAAGAAUAUCAGUUAGCCCAAGUGGAGCAAAAAGCGGGAAUUAAAUUUAAGAGAAUAGGUGUUCCUUCUGCAACAGAGAUAAUAAAAGCUUCUAGCAAAGAUGCCAUCAGGCUUUUGGAUUCUGUGCCUCCCACUGCGAUUGUUCACUUCAAGCAGUCAGCCGAGAAGCUGAUCGAAGAGAAGGGAGCCGUGGAAGCCCUGGCAGCAGCCCUGGCCCAUAUUUCAGGUGCCACGUCAGUCAACCAGCGCUCCUUGAUCAACUCAGAUGUGGGUUUUGUGACCAUGAUCUUGCAGUGCUCAAUUGAAAUGCCAAAUAUCAGUUAUGCUUGGAAAGAACUUAAAGAGCAGCUGGGUGAGGAUAUUGAUUCCAAAGUGAAGGGAAUGGUCUUUCUCAAAGGAAAGCAGGGUGUUUGCUUUGAUAUCCCUACUGCAUCAGUAACAGAAGUACAGGAAAAAUGGCAUGAUUCACGGCGCUGGCAGCUUUCUGUGGCCACAGAGCAACCAGAGCUAGAAGGACCACGGGAAGGAUAUCGAAGCUUCAGGGGACAGCGGGAAGGAAACAGAAGCUUCAGGGGACAGCGGGAAGGCAAUCGAGGUCUCAGGGGACAGCGGGAAAGAAACAGAAGCUUCAGAGGACAGCGAUCAGGAGGUGGCAACAAAAGUAACAGAUUCCAAAACAAAGGCCAGAAGCGGAAUUUUAGUAAAGCAUUCGGACAGUAAUUUGAGGUAGAGGAUUUAUGUGGCAAAAACAGAACUAUGUUUGGCCACAGGAAACUGAACAUAAUUUUUCAUACAAAGUUAAAAAGCACAUUGUAUUUCCUUCCUACUUGGCCAGUCCCCAUCUCUUCGAGAGAGACAGGCUUCAUCUAAAUUAUUUAAUCUGAUCAUUGUCAUUUAUAACUUUGUUGCUACUUCUGUAUCGGGUAUUCCUUUGGAAAAGGUGUGUGAAUUCAUUACAUAUUCAAAUGCAGUGUCUAUAGAUUAUAAGAUAGAAGCAAGCAUGUAUCUGCUGAUACUUGUGAAGUUGACCUGUCUUUAUACUUAGAAGUAUCUCUUUAUAGUGUCCUUCUUAAAUACCAUGGGGAACGCAACAGUUUCUGGAGAAGCACUUUGAGCACUCAAGGCUUUCUUCUGUAAUUGGUAUUCCUCAGCCACUAGCCUAACAUUUACUCCUGUGGUCCUAUAAUGUAUCUUCUGAGAAUUAAUACUGAGCAAUGUUUUGAAGCAAGAUUCAAACUCAGCUGGGAUGUAACACAGUUUAUGCCAGCAUAUGCUCUAGAUUUGGAGGUGGUGAUACAUUUGAUAGGCGAUAGUAUAUAGAUUAGCCAUUGUUAUGUGCAUUUUGAUACAUUAUUAGCUUCUCAAUAUAAGGUGAUUCAUGCUUCAGUGAAUUCUUCACAGAUUUUUAAAAAAUAUAUAUGUACAUAUAGAAGUAUUUUACUAGAAAGCAAGUAUCCUUAAGGAAUUCCAAGUGUAUAGCAUGGCCCAGUAACUUUCUUCAUAAGUAAGGAGACAGGAUAAAUGGUGCUUGAUGAUAACAUAGUCCACUUCCUAUUGGAAGAUUAACAUUAUUUACCAAGGAGGAACUAAAGGAGUAGGGGGCAGAGAUUUGCAUGGCUGAAGAGU